CAGCAAAUCCUGGCACGGCUGAUGGAGUCCUGGUUCUGGGCACUGAGGACACGGGAGGCUGAGGAUGCGGGGGGGCUGAGGACACAGCUCAUGGCUUUGUGGCAGUGAGGAGGGGCUGUGUGAAUGGCAUGUGCACGAUCGUGGGUGAGAGGUAUUGACAGCUGCGGGGUUAUUUCUGUGCAGGAGAUGAAAAAGUAGGUUAGCCAUACUUAAAAAAAAAAAAAAAAAAAAAAAGGAAGAGAGAAAGGAGAAAAUCGUGAUUUAAUUUGAGACAUUUUUAGAGCAUGUACUCCUCAAACCUAGUUUUGUUUUAAACAGCAAAGCACAGGCGCUGGUCUCAUUUCUCUCCUGAAAUGUGUGCCUGUCAGAUAUACCAGUGUUGAAUAUCAACAGGCUUGGAGUGGUCACAGGCGGAGUAGUCCUGUUGGUGGCUGGAAAGUGCAGCCCAGACCUUUAUGUUGGAUCUGCUGAAUUAGGGCAGCGUGAUGCUGGCACCAGUGUGCAUUUCCUGGGAGGGGCCAUGACAGUUUCACUCUACUGCCUUCAUUUGCUCAUCACUGAACUGUCACAGAUAGGGCCAGGUUUGUAUCCCAGCAGCAGUCCAGCUCAUCCUUCUCCUCUUUCCUUGCUGAUCAGGGCAUGCAGUGGUGUUGUGAGUCUUGUGCUGGUGCCGAUAGAGGAAUAUUCAUCCCAGAAAGAUGAAUCAAAUGUCCUCUAAUAGGUGCUGUUAGUGGCUGGACUCAGCUCAGGGAGUCAGUGAUGGCUGUGUUCCCUUUGGGAUCUUUGCUUUUGUUGGUACAGUUGUAGAGGAACCAGCCACUUAGGGAUAAACUUCUUUUGCAAAGGAAUUUAGAGUUGAAAACUCAGUUUCCGAGUAGCCUUCCUGCGUUAUUCACUUGCCAACUUCUGUCGCCUUAUAUGGGACAGCUUCCAGGGCUAGAACGCCUUUCCUGUGAGAAUGGGAUGUUGUUAGUGCUCAGUGUGCCUCAUGGCUUGUCCUUGUUAAAACUGAAGCAGUUUUUUGCUCUCCCAAGGAGACUGCAAACUGAUGAAGGGUGUCAAACAACUCAAGAGGUGAGACAAUCAUAAUAGAACCACAGGAUGGAUUGGGUUGGAAGGGACCUCAAAGCCCAUCCAGUUCCAGCCUCCUGUCGUGGGGUGAUUGCCACCCAGCAAAUCAGGUUACCCAGGGUCCCAUCCAAACUGGCCUUGAGCACUUCCAGGGAUGGGGUGUCCACAACUUCUCUGGGCAGGCUGUGCCAGUGACUCACCACUCUGUGAAAAAUUUGCACCGAACAUCUAAAUCUCCCCUCUUUUAGUUUAAAGCCAUUCUCCUUGUCGUGUCACUAUCUACCUGUGUAAGAAGUUGACAUCCCUCCUGUUUAUAAGCUUCCCUUAAGUAUAGAGUAAGGCUGGGGUGCGGUCUCCUUGGAGCUUUCUCUUCUCCAAGCUAGAUAAGCCCAACUGCCUCAGCUUUUCUUCACAAGAAAGGUACUCCGUCCCUCUGAUCAUCUUCUUGUCCUCUUCUGGACCUGCUCCAUUAGCUCCAAAUCUUUCUUGUGCUACGGGCCCCAGGUCUGGAUGCAGUACACCCACUGGAGACUUGCAAGGGCAGAGCGGAAGGGGACAGUCAUCUCGCUCUCCCUGCUGGCCACUGCUUUGUUGAUGCAGCCCAGGGUAUGGUUGGCUUUCUGGGCUGCAAGUGUGCACUGCUGGCUUGCAUCAAAUUUCUCAACUGACAUCCCCAAGUCCUCAGAGCUGCUUGCAUUUUUACGUGGGAUUGUUCUGACACAGGUGCAGGACUUUCAAUAACCACUGAAUAGCAGCUCAUCAGGAUGUCCUUCCUGACUGAUAAAGCUGACUGAGCUUUCAGCAGGAGGUUGGACUAGGUUCCUUCUAGCCUGGAUUUUCCUAUGAUCCUGUGUGUGUUUCCUAGCCAUGCUGCUGCAGCAGCACAUGGUGCAUAUUGAUACCUAGGGCUACUGAUGAUGUGUGGAUGACUUAUAUCUUGUCCUGGGUGCAGAGAUUUGGGAAAGGGCAGCUGAGUCACCUGGCACUGCCCUGCAAUGAUGGCAGAGCAGCCAGGCCUGGGUCACAUCCAAUCUUCCUGCGUCCCAUUUGCAAGGUUACACACUGGUCACAUGCAGCCCAGGGGUAGACAAAAUAACCUGUCUAGGGAACAUGGAGGGAACGUGCUGUCUCCUUGGCCGUACAGCUAAAGCAGCUCUGCUGGCCAUGGGCAGGCUCACAUUACAGGAAGAAGUUCAGCUUGUCUGGAGUGUGGGGCAGCUCUUAUGUUCCCAGCUCUUUACAGAGUAAAGGCCUUUUGAAGUCAUUCUCUGUAGAUCCAACAUGUAGUCCAGGCUCCCUCUUGCUCCCUAAGUGUCACAGCUGGGCCUGUUGCAGGCAGGAAAGCUCCAAAGGGCUGCCAUUUGCUCUGUGCCAAUGCCACUGCUGUGAUCCUCCUGCCAGCACCUCUCCUUAUUUUAAUUUCUUGGUGAAUGUGGCCUGAUUAUGAUAGGGUGAGGGAUCUAGUUUUGGGGUGUGUUCAUGUCAGGGGUUCUGCAGUUGCUGCACAGUCCCUGAGAACCGCUCAAAUAAAGGUGUGACAAAUGGCUCCCUGCAACCCAAUGAAGAGCAUUCUUCUGGUUUUAUCAUCUCAUUUCCCCACAGCCAGUGCAGUGUGACCCAGCAGGAACCCCAUAGGACCCCUUUCCCUGUAUGCAUGCUGUACAUAUCUGGCCUUGAUCAGUUUUGCCAUGCGGACAGUGCAUGUGUGGGUCAGUCUAUCUUUGUCGCAAGCUAUUAAUAUCCUGUGGCACUGUGUAGAGCCCUUCUUCCUCACCCUUUGGCAGACUUGGCUGAGCUCCUCAGCACUGAAACCCCGACUGCCCAGAGCGCUUGUGCUCAUUAGGUGCUUCGUGGUUGCUUAAGGGUAUUGAGAGCUCGCAUCACCAGCGUGGUGAAUCAUUUACAUUUGUGCUCCCUCCCAGGUGGAGGCACUUGAUUGAUACUGGAGCCAAGGUCAGCAGGAGCCCUUCAGAAUGAGAUGCAAUGGGAAAUCGGCAUGGGACAACCUGUGGCUGCUGCCUGCUGCCAACUGGACAGGUGGCCCCAGGUGGCCUAAGCACAGCAGUGGGGUAUCCGCUGGACACAGUGAAGGUGAGGAUUCAGACCGAGGGGCAUUACAAUGGCAUUUGGCACUGCAUUCAAGAAACAUACAGGACAGAAAGAGUUUUGGGAUUUUACAAAGGUGUGUCAGCAUCAGUCUUCACAGUGUCGCUGAUCUCCUCUGUUUCAUUCGGCACAUACAGAAACUUCCUUUGUAACAUCUGCAAGCUGCGGUAUGGCACAGCUGAUGCCAAGCCAUCGGGGCUGGAUGUUUCUCUGGCUGGAAGUGCUGCUGGUGCUGUGCGGGUUGUGCUUAUGACACCCAGUGAGGUAGCUAAAGUUCGGAUGCAGACCCAGAGGAACCCCCAUUCCUCUGUCACAUCCUCCCAACCCAAGUACCGAGGGUCUCUGCACUGUCUGAAGGUGAUCGCCAAGGAGGAAGGCUUUGGGGGUCUCUACAAAGGCUGCUCUGCAUUGCUGUGGAGGGAUUGCUCCUCUUCUGCAAUAUAUUUCCUGACAUACUCUUCUCUCUGUGACUGGCUCACACCAGCUGGGAAAAACAAACCAGGUCUCCUGGUCGUGCUGCUCUCUGGGGGCUCUGCUGGAGUGCUGGCCUGGGGUCUGGCUACCCCCAUGGACGUCCUCAAGUCGCGGAUGCAGGUGGACGAGUCGGGACAGCACAAAUACAAAGGCCUCAUCCACUGCGCGAGAGAAAGCAUCAGAAAGGAGGGGAUCAAAGUGCUGUUCAAAGGCCUGGGUUUGAACUGCAUCCGCGCCUUUCCUGUGAACAUGGUGGUGUUUGUCACAUAUGAAGCUGUGCUGAGGUUUACAGAGCAUUUCACAAACAAAAAAUAGCAGAUGCAGCUCUAGCAAGAAGCGUGUUUUGUUCAGUUUGGUUUUGUAGCCCAACAUAGACAUGCACUGAGCUCUCCACUGGUGGGCAGCACAUGAAGCAGGGGCACUUCAGCACAGCACCUGUUGACCAAUGGCUCUCACAUGAUUACACACUCAUCAGGGAGGUUGUGUACAACCUUGUGUACAAACUUGUGUACAACCUCUCUUUUACCUUAUUAAUGUAUUUUGACUGUAGCCACUGCUUAGGCCACUCAAAUGUGUGCAAUAUUUAUGCUCCAAAAAACUGCUGGUCUAAUUUGAGAAUUUGGUAAAGGUUUAAUUUUGUUCUCCACUAGCACAGAAAAACAAACCAAAACCUUCACUACUGAGGCAGGAAUCAAGGGUUUUGUGUGCAAUAUAACACUAUACAACACAUUAUUUUUAUAUGUAGAGCUGCAAGGUAUCCACUGAGCACUCUCCAUAUGUGUGUCUCCAGCCUGAGCAGGCAGGCUGCUCACUCCCAGGUGUAAUUCUGCCCAAGUACUCUACAGUGACAUCCCUUCAGUAGAGGCUGAAAUAUGAAUCUCUUUCUUUUCCAGUUGUUUUUUUAAGGAGUGGCAGACAUAGUCUACUCACACAAUCAUUCAGUGGCCUCAGUGAAAGUGAAAACAGGCAUCAAUUCCCAUAAACCAUGUGAUUUCUUCCUUCUGGUCCCCUUUUAUAAGUUCGUAGCAUAGACUUGGCUACACAUACAGUUAUUUUGUAGCACACAGGACUUGGCACACACCCUGGUCAGGGAAGAAUUAAUCUUGUACUAGAAGGACAAGUUAAGAAAUUUCAGAUGCUACUAGGAAAGAAUAAAGGUGAUUUCUUUCAGAGAGAAACUAGUAAGAAAUUCCAGAACUAUCCUCCUGAAACCUAAACAUUCAGCUUGUUUUUUAAACUGCAUCAUGGCCAUGCUAUCAAACAGCUCCCAGAAUUUUUGUUUCUCACGAGUCUGUUAAUCUCUCACGUGAUCCAAUAGCAGCUUUAAGACACUAGACAGGUGCAGAGCAUGGGGGGGAUUGAAAGAUCCGGCACGGAAUCUGAUUCUAUCCCAAAGUGCAUACGGCCUCAGUAACCUGUGACCCACACGUAGACCUUUAGGGCAUCAGCGCCAAACCUCCUUUGGUUUGAAAGUGCUCACAACAGAAGAUUUAAUUAAGUCCUCAAGAUUUGGAAUUUCUCUUAAGACAAAUGCUAAGAGGCUUCUCACCUCUCUAUGAGGGAUGCAUCUGGCUGAGGCCUGCCCCGGUAGGGUACUAACUCAUCCCAGCCCUGGCGGAGUGUUUUCUGAAAUCAAAUUCUUUUAUAGAAAAUUAUUCUCAGCUGACCUUCUCAAGCAUUACAUCCUGUGAACAGACAGCAAAAUACAUAGCUCUGUGUCAAGCAAAACAACCAUUUAUUAUUAGGUAGUGUUGAUACUGUCUGUGGUCAGCCCAAGGCUUGAAAAUAAACUCUAAUCAACAGUAUCCCAACUUUCUCCAGUAGCUUAAAGCAUUCAUAUGACUAAAAGCGUCUUUGUGGUGGCCAUAACUUAUACACAGCUUGUUUCAAGAACCACGAAUUACAGCUGGAUUAGAAAAUUAGUGGGCACAGCUGUGGAAGCCAGUGAGAGGAGUUGAGAACAGUGAGCCUCUUCUAGGUACUCAGCAUUGUAAAAACUAGGUUCUCCUGGGGCCUGAACAGAUAAAUACUACAUGAGAGGUAAGUUUUAUCUUACAGAUCUUAUCAAUUUAUUUCAAGAAUCUAACUGCUUGCACUGUGUAGUGUGCUACAACCCCUUAUGGAAAAAAAGAAGACAAACCCAAUGUACCCAGGGUUUGACUGAUGAUCUGACAGCCUUUAAAACAAGAACUCAUAGCAAUUUAUAUCAAGGUGAAUUAGCCACCAGGCAAAGGUACUGAAUGUGUGAGUACUGGAAACCUAGGCAUGUAAAUAAGAACCAGCUUUUCUUUAAUGAUGUGACAUAGUGUUUAUAUUGUGUACUUAACUCCAUAUGCAACAAGUUGUUUGCCUUGUACGUUUCAGAACUUGGCUGCUCUGUUUUCUGAUUACUUUGUAUUGCCUUGAUCUUCAGCUUCUGUAUUUGCUGCUCUGAUAAUCACAGAACUAUUUCUUCUGAUACAUUAUCUAUCUGAAGGCCAGCAGAAUGAAGACACCAUAUAGCUCCCUGCAGAGACAAUUUCUUUCAGAAACAAACUUGCUGGCUGGCCUUGAAUAAAGAAAACUUUCUUUAGAAGGCACAUUCUGCUUUCAUGUCAUUGAUAGUUCCUGGUUUUUUUUUUUCUUUUUCUUUUUUUCUCACGAUGCUUAAGAAUAUCCAGGUAGGUUUCAGCGUGCCUCUUUGUGACUGGCAGAGCAGUGUAAAGCUAUUCACAACUUGUAUUCCUUGGCAACUGUAAUGGUAGAGUCACAUUUAAGUAUUUUAUGUCAGACCUGUGGAAACAUUGCUCUAAUAGGUCAUAUUGACCUCUCUCUAUUUCCGAGCUGGCUGCUAUAUAAGGAAAUUCAACGCUCAGUCUUGCUUGCAACCUGUUAAUCUUUGGAGGACUGACCCUUAUUACCUUGCUCUGGCAGCAAUCUGGAGUUUACUUGUUCAGACCAGAUGAAUGGGGUUAUAAGGCACUUUAUUUCACUGUUUGUAAGGCACUGGACAUCAAAACAGCGAUCGACUCCUUGUGAUGACUAAACAACAGAGGAAGUGUAAAUGAAGCCUUUUAAAAGUUAAAUAAAUUCAAAAAGCAAAACAAGUUGGAUAGACUUUCCACUGCGUUU